AGCAGACGACGUGAUUACUAACUUUAGGAAAGUUACAUUUUAAUAUUCUUACAGGUCACUAACGAAUGGAAAUGGGACUAAUAGAAAACACGUGAUCACCGGAUGUUGACUGCAAUGGUUGCACUAACAAUGUUUGACAGCCGUCACUAUAUUGGCUGAACUAGCUUCUGUGCCCUCGUGGCGUGACGUACAACAGAUUACGGGUUUUAUGAAGUUCAUGAUAUGAACGUUCCAGAAUCAAGUUCUUGUAUUACUUGAUACAAAAAAUCACUGGAACUGCACGAGACGAUUUGUGAAUGGCAGCUGUACGGCCAGCUCAUGAAGGGCAGCCAGACCACAGCGAUUCAGCAGAUUAUCAGAGGAGUAAGUUUACUAUUGUGUUCUUUGGUGACUCGUGUGUGGGGAAAACCUCGUUAAUUCAGCGAUACUUGGGUUAUGGAUUCUCUGACGAAUAUCAACCAACUAUUGAAGACUUUUACAUCAAACACGUUUUUCACCAGAAAAAAACAUGCGAGCUUCAGCUCAUCGACACGUCAGGAACAUACGAAUUCCCUGCUAUGAGAAAAGUUGAUAUUCUGAAAGCAGAUGCGUUUGUGUUAGUUUACAGCAAUUCAGCCACAUUCAAACGAUUGAAUCGAUACCGUGGCGAGAUCUUAGAAGAAAGGAAAGAGAAAUGCCCGUGCAUCAUAGUGUGUAAUAAGAGUGACCUAGGAUCACAGACGUCUUAUAUUGAUCACAAAGGCAUGCAGAUUAGUAUUCGAAACUUGGUAGAAACACAAUGGAAAUAUCAGUGGAUGGAAUGCUCUGCCAAGGAAAACAUACUUGUUGAAGAAAUAUUUGACCGACUUUUGCAAGAUAUUUGCAAACAGACAGAAAAUCCCCAAAGAAAACUAAGUUCUCUGUUGCAGAUGAGAAAACGCUCUAUAGGAAGGCUGCCAGGACUUGGCUCCAGUACCGAAUCAUUGAGAUGACAUAAAUAAGGAGAAUCUUAUGGCUGUGAAAUGACAUGACAGAGUUUCAUCAGAGGUCAACAAUUAAUUCCAUGCAAGAAUGCUGUUUCACUUUCGUGCCUACACGACCACAAAGAGUGCUUCUCAAGCCGUACUUUCUCUCCGCUUGUAUGACAUUCUUCUCUGUUUUUAUUGUAACUUUUUUCCCGCUUAUUGUCCCUUUAGUCCUGUUUUAAUUGUAUCUAUUUCUCCAAUUGAAGAUUCACUCCUGUUUUUCUUUACUCCACUUUAUUUCAGUUUUCAUUUUCUCUCAUUUCCGCAAMUAUUAGUUUCACUCUUGUUCUUUUUCCACCACUGGCUAACAGCCAUUGAGUAUUUUUCAUGUAUUGUUGUCUUGGUAACAGCUUUGUCUUAAGAGUCGCAGUUUAUCUAAGUCGUUUCUAAGUGUUUGUGUUCUUAAAUUUAGAUUACGAACAUCAUGUUGUGAUUCCUGUACUCUUGACUUUAAAACCAUAAGUUCGUUGAGUAUAAAAUCUUGAAUAUCGGUUUCGUCGUCAUCAGAGUCACUGCGCUCUUCAUCGCUCAAUUGGUCUGGAAUCUGAAGGAAAUGUUUGGCUGGUGAUGGUUGUCUUUCUUGCAGCGUAACUGUUGAGUGAGAAUCAAUGUUACUGUCUGUCCUGUCUUGCUUGUUUUCUGUUGCUCCUGAGACGAUAAUCCGAGGAUUUUUACGUUCAUGACUAGACUCAAGUUUUCUAAGAAGGGUUUUUCUCUUGAAAGAAAUCAUUUGGUUCGAAAUGGCAGCUGACAUAUUUAUGUCAAUAAAAAGGCUCUUGAUUUAUUCAUAUCUAUUCAUUGCAAUAUAUAGGUUGCUUUGUCGAAGAGGUAAACAUUAGCUUGAUAAGUGAUGUAUACGUAAUUAUGUGCAAUUAUGGUGUUAAUGUWCACAAUGAAGGCGGAUUAGCGAAAGUAAUUAGAGCAUAUUUUAAUUGCUCCUAAUUAUAUGUAAGUUUAUUAUCUGACUGUAUGCAUGGAUUAUCAGUGGGUAAUUACAAACUAUUACACAUAAAAUACGUGGAAGAAAAUGUUGAAUGCAUGACCGAAAGUUACGGUGCAUGUGGUAUUAUCUCCGAUGAUUGUAAUGUUAAGUUUGUCUCUCAACCAGACGAGUGAAUAUACCCACAGUGMCUUGCGGAGACACUUUUCAAUUUUGAUGUUUGCGGUGCAAAAAAAACUACUCUCCAUUUCCCAUUCGUAUCGUAUCCAGAAUUCUUUCCUUGUACUAUUAGCUUGACUCAGCAUUCCCCAUCGCGCAUUUUUUUUCUUGUUUUGUUUUGUUUUGCUCUGGUGUCUUCUUGUUUUGAUUGUU